AUGUCGAUUCCGAUAAUCGAAGCUUGCAAGAAGAGAAAGAGAAGGCCAAAGCUCUUCGCUUUCAACGCAUUCGGAGAUGAAAGCGGAAUCCCCAGAUUCCGAUGCCCUUUCCGAGACAAAGUUCGAAUUUUUCUUGAAGAAUGUGCAGAAGUCGAAGACUACCAAGUCCUUGGAAUGCCAAUUUGGUGUACUCUCCUCGUUCAUGAGAACCGAAACCUUGUUAUCCCUCUUUACACCAUUGAAGAGACCGUCAAGGACUCCCCAUUGAAGUCGUAUUGCGAUCACUGCCGUUGCACAGGAUGGAGCAACCAUUAUGUGACCAAGAGGAAGUAUCAUUUUCUAAUCCCAAGUGACAGCAGAUGGAACAAGCCAUUGGACGAGAGCGUUUUCGAUGUUCAAUCGCAUCUUCUAUAUGGUCUUAUCCAUGGCAAUGGGUUUGGACACCUGCUCGGCAUCAACGGAAUGGAAGGAGGCUCGAAAUACCUGUUUGGAAGGGAAAUCAUGGACCUGUGGGAUCGCAUUUGUGGAAAACUUACAGCCCGCAAAAUUACAGUUGCAGAUGCGUCCAAGAAACGAUCCAUGGAGCUCCGUCUGCUUCAUGGUGUUGCCUAUGGACACCCUUGGUUCGGUAGAUGGGGUUAUGGUUUUUGCCAUGGAAGCUUUGGUGUCAAGGAUUUUAAUUACAAAAGAGCACUUGAAAUUCUCUGCUCUUUGGAGCUGGACAGGAUCAUUGAGGACUUCAAUGAAACUGAGCAAGCCAAGGAGAUCAAGCAGAUCAUUCGUCUCUACCGAGACCUGAGUGAGACCCAGCUGAUAACACUCAAUGAACUCCUCAGAUUCAUGCUCACAGUCAAGUCCCGAGCCGUUGGAAAACCAAUCACGACUGCUUCAAUAAGUUCAUCAUCCUCUUCUUUGUUUUCUUCGAUUUCAAAGCCCUUCACAAGAACAGGUCUCCUGCACCAGAGCACAAAGCCUUUCAUGAAAGACAGUAAACCAGUCAAGUACAAGAAAUUCAGUACCGUUAUUGCCAACAUGGACAGCCGUUGGCCACCAAGAAGACUCGAAUUCGCAGCCGAUGUGAUUGUGGGCGCACUAAAGGAGAAGAAAGAAGACUGUUUUGGUAAUGGAGGAAUGACUAGGCAAGAUGUCCGUGAUGCUGCGAGGCUUCACAUAGGGGAUACUGGUUUGCUAGAUUAUGUCCUCAAGUCGCUCAACAAUGUGAUUGUUGGAAACCAAAUCAUUCGCCGAGCAGUUAAUCCUGCCACCAGAAUAUUGGAAUACACAAUUCAUGAAGUUGGUGAGAAAGUCUCUGAAGAACAAGAACUGGUCUCAAAUAUCCCAUCUCCAGCUAGGAUAGUUCCGGGGGUUGAUGUGUACAAUGAUGUGCUUUUCUUGUACAAGCAUGUGUUAAUGGAGUAUCCAGAUUCAGAGUUUGUUGACUUGGCUACUCAGACAAUUUUGGACACCAAACACCUCGUCAAGGAGUGGCCGUUCAGAGAUGAAGAAGAUCAGCUCUUGACUUUUGUUUGCAGGCUUCUUCCUAGAAGUUUCGGAGAUGGUAUUGCCGAGAUUGUGCGCGUACCGUUGCACGCGACAAUUUCUGACCUAAAAGAAGCAGUGGAGUGCGCGUUAAGGGACACCUACUGCGUGACAGAGGAGAUUGAGGUGGUGGAGAUUGAUGGACUUGAGGAGGUGGAAGAUGAGGAGGUGUUGUUUGGGAGGGUGGAAUCAGGCACAGAGAUAAGGGUGAGGGGGGUUGGCGUGGACACAGAGGGCCCAUUGAUGCAUCAAGGGGGCUGCGACCCCUGGAAGGUUGUGUGCGAGUGUGGGGCCAGGGAUGACGAUGGGGAGCGGAUGGUGGCGUGUGAUAUCUGCGAGGUGUGGCAGCACACUCGUUGCUGUGGGAUCGAGGAUGCAGAGACCGUGCCUCCCCUCUUCGUGUGCUCUGCCUGCUGUGACUCUCUUGUCCCGCUGAGGGCUAAUCAUGAGCCUUCUCCUGAUGCUCUUUCUGAUGAUUUGCUGCUUCUUACACCUCAAGUUGAUUACAGUUUGGCAAUUGGUUACUGA